AUGCACCUCGGAAGAGCGACCGUAAACAGGAGAAGGCAGAAACAAAAGAGGGUUUUUAUAAAAACACAAACACAUCCCCGGCUGUGGAAGUACUCAGGGAAUAAACUACAGCCAGCUGACUUCAACAGCAAUAAUACUGAAACUCAAUUAGAGAGCGAUUGGACGUGAGUUGAGGAGCAAACUGCAUCAGAUCAGUCAACAUGGCUCUGAAGAGAAUACAGAAGGAGCUGCAUGACCUGCAGAGAGACCCUCCAGCACAGUGCUCUGCUGGACCAGUGGGGGAUGACUUGUUUCAUUGGCAGGCGACCAUAAUGGGUCCGGGUGACAGUCCUUACCAAGGAGGAGUUUUCUUUCUCACAAUCCACUUCCCCACCGACUACCCAUUCAAGCCACCAAAGGUAGCAUUUACAACUAAGAUUUAUCACCCAAAUAUAAACAGCAACGGGAGUAUCUGUUUGGACAUUCUACGGUCACAGUGGUCUCCAGCACUAACAGUGUCUAAAGACUCUUCAGUGCACAAAUAUCCCAGUGUUUUUCUUCUUGUUUCUCUUGUGGGAAUAACUAAUGAAUGCAAGUGCUGUCCAGAAUUUAAAUCUUUAGUUUCGUACAGCAUCCCCUCCCCUCCCACUUCCCAGUCCAUGCUGACUGGGUGCACAGGGACACGAAACUCAUCACUCCCGGUGACUACAAUUUUAUUGUCCAUAUGUUCAUUGCUUUGUGAUCCAAACCCAGACGACCCCUUAGUUCCAGACAUAGCACACAUGUACAAGAACGACAAAGACAAAUACAACAAACUAGCAAAAGAUUGGACCCAAAAGUAUGCCAUGUAAAGAAAAAACAAAAGAUGAAGAAAAACAUGCUGAGAAUUUUUCUUUUUUUCCUUCCUUUUUUUUUUUAAAAGUCACAACACACUGUAAAUUAUAGUAUGGAAUCAUUAAGUAAUCUUGGGUAACUUCCAUCAAACUGAACUGUUAUUAACAUUAUUAUUAAUCUGAGACCAUGACUUACACAUUCUUUGUUUUUCAAAAGGAAGCAGAGGGUCUUACUUUGAGCAGAUGAGAAAGAUUGCCUAUGGUCAUUUCAUGGAUACCGUGACAUUUUACAGUUUGGCAUGUUGUUUUUGCAUCAAGGAAAUUUUUAUUUAUAACACAAGUUUAUUACAAAUUGCUUAAUAGCACUCUUCAUUUUUGAAGUAAAACUAGUGGAUUGUAGGACAUAAAUCCCAACAUAUGCCAUUCAGCGACAAGCCUUUUUUCCAGAGGAGCUGAGUAAUAGUGCAGCAGAAUAUCAUACAUGUUAGACAAACAUGCUCCAUAACUGGAAAAGCCCAGGUACAGUCUCUACUGCGCCCAUCAGCAGCCAACAAGGAACACACUGAACCAUGGGAAUGUGGAAGGGUAAAUGCCAAAUAUGUAAGCCCCUCAUUCUGACACAUGUCAUGUAGUGGGUGAUUUUUUUUUUUUUUUUUAGUUCUUUUGCAUCUUGUAGCAGACGAAGUGAAAUGAAACGAUGUACUGUUGCAGUUUCCCUGAAAACGGGAGCAAUUUCAAGUGAAAUCAUGUAUUACUGUCUUCUUCCUAUUAUUAUUGUUAUUAAUUGUAUAGUAUUAAAAUCCUCUGGAACAUUUCAUUUAAAUUAGAGUUAUCACAUUGUAAAUCUGUCAUUAAAAUGAUGUACUCUUUCCCCCCUGAGAAUAGCACUGAUGUUGGCUUUACACAGGCACAAAGAUCCGAUUUUUAACCUAAUGAAGCCUGUACCUAAGGGUUAAAUGUGUUCUUCUGUUUGACCUCCACUCUGUAUAUCUAUCUAUGCUAUAGAAAUGGUAAAAAAAUCAAAUUUUCUGUUCCUGUGUAAACAGUCUCACACUUGUGUCUUUGAGGCCUGUGUGGCAACUUUUGUACUUAAUUAAAGAAUGGUACUGUUUUUA